AUGAUUGAUGAUGAUGAUACAAAAACUAGACUUGAAAAAGUAAUUAAUGAAUCAAGAGAAACACAACACACGAACAGUACUGGCUGUGGAGCCAAUCAAUCAAUCAAUCACAAAAACAAUAAUGGACAUAGAAAUCCUUGGUUAACAGGAGUAUUGUCUUUAAUAGUUGGAACUUUUGGACAAACAAGUGUAUAUCCAGAUGUAUCUAGUUCAUACCUUGGAGCUGGUGACCCCGGUGUAUCAUACUUGCCCUCGUAUCUAGGUCUCAAGUUACAUUUACGUUGCUACUCUAAUGUGACUACUGCCAAUCAAAACGGUCCAAUUGCAUUGUUUGAUGCAGGUCUUCCAUUCUUUUCUACUGCUUGGGUGUCUGUUAUUCCAGCGGUCUUGACCAAUAUGCCAGCUUGGAAUAUCAGCAAAGCUUGCUUUAUGGAUCGUUAUGGCUACGGUUGGUCCGACGCAUCACUCUAUCCCAUCACAACACAAGACUAUGUCUUCCGUCUCCACGGUUCACUUCAAGUUGCAGGUCUCACUGGUAAAAAGUAUGUCUUGGUUGGUUGGUCUUGGGGUUCGAUCUUUGUGCAAGCCUUUUCACUCGCCUAUCCCAAAGAAGUAGUCGGAAUUUUGACAGCUGACGGAACUGAUUCAAGAUGGGGAUUCAUCUCUUCCAAUCAACAAGCUAUCAUCACCUACACCAACACUUACACCAAUCUCAUGACUCAAAACAGUAUGGACACACUCGAACCAAGAUGUAGAAAUGGUGAGAUUGGACUUGGAUACGGAUGGUUCCCAGAUCCCUUGGUUAGUGCCGGAUACACCUCUGAAUCGAUUGUUUCCUCUCAAGAUAUCUUCCUCACCAACAAAUACCUAAAGACUGCAAUUCAAGAGUACAAUAUUAUGGUUAUCUCCUCUGCCUUGCUCAAUUUCACCUAUGUUCUAAAGGGAUCGACUCUCAAGGAUCUUCCCUAUGUCAACAUAUAUGAAGCCUAUGAUCCAGACUGGCAAUCCCGUCAACUCUAUAUGACCUCGCUCUCUAGUAACUCGGCUGCCUAUCUAUACACGACCGAUCAUUUCUUCCCCUUCACUAAUAGUCCCGCUAUCGUCUCUGGUCUCACUGCACUUACUCAAAGAAUUGCUACCACUCCAGGUGUUUUAUGGGCAAAUGGAUUUUAA